GUGGAGCCUUGGCCUUUUGGAGGAGGGGAGCAAGGCAGACAGAUGCUCUUUGGGGCAGGAAGACCAGCCUGGGGGAGAUGGGAAAGCUGAAGUGCCCAGCUCUCCGUUCCCUCCUUCCCCCGCCCUUGGCUUGGCUGAGAGCCCUUCCAAGAGGGCCCUGCUGGCAUUGGGCCUCCUGGGAUGGGUUUGGACUCAGAGACAGAGCUGGGCCUGCUUCUCCCCCGCCUUUUGGCUUCAGAGCUCCCCCCCUGCAGCAGGCAUGAUGAGGCUGGCUCUUCUCUGCUGAAUGUGCAUGUGUACAUGCUUCAGAAGAGCCCUGCAUACAUGGGGAAACUGAGGCCCAGAGAGCCCGAGUGUUAUACCUCACAAAGUGCUAGAUUCACAACUAGCCCCUCUGAUUCUAAACCUGGUUUCCUUUCCGGGGUGUUUGGAGAGCCGGCUGGCUCCCCCAUCCGGAAUUCAACUUCCCAGCUUGUGGCGGGACCCUGGGAUCGUGGAAUGUUAGGACUGGAAGACCCUUGAGGGGUAUGGAGGCCAACCACGACCUGACGCCGUGUUCCAGACCAGAAAACCUCUGGUCCUGACACCCAGCUCCCGAUCAGAGCCGUGGCCCCUCCUGGGCACAGACGCUCCUCCCCAGGGCCUAGGCAAGCCGUCUCCCCCAAGGGCCAGAGUAUGGUGGUGAUACUAGCCCUUUGCUCCAUCAUCUGGCUGAAUCGGGGCUUCAAGCUUCGGAAAAGUGGCUAGGCCCCCUGGCCUCCCGCCCCGCUCUGCUGAUACUGCCAUCCUCUCCUCUCUCCACCCCUCCGGCCAUGUGGCCAUUGGCCCAUAGCUGAGCUCCUGUCUUCAUUGGUCCAGGAGGGGUGCCGCCCCUCCUCACCCGGGCAUCAUGGCCAGUGCCGAGGGCUUCCAGUACCGGGCCCUUUACCAGUACCACAAGGAGCGCGAGGAGGACCUUGACCUGCUCCCUGGAGACAUCCUCGUAGUGAGCAAGGGCACGCUGGAGGCGCUCGGCUUCCAGGAUGGGGACGAGCAGAGCCCUCACCACAUCGGCUGGAUCCUCGGAGUCAAUGAGCGUACCAAGCAGAAGGGAGACUUCCCAGGCACCUACGUGGAGUACCUGGGGCCCGUGAAGAUUGCCCUGCCCUCCCACCGACCCCGAGGCCACAGGCCACUGCCAGCCACACCAGGGGCAGGGCCUGUCCGUCCCCGGGACUCCCCAGAGCCAGCUGGUACCCUGCUCCCUGACCUGCCGGAGCAGUUCGUCCCUCCCGAGGCAGCACCUCCCAUCCUUCAGAAGUUGGUGGAAGCCAUUGAACGCAAAGGGCUGGACAGCGAGAUGCUCUACAGACCAUCUGGUUCUGAGCUGCGGCCACUCAGAAUUGACUGGACUCUGAGUGACGUGGAUCAGUGGGAUGUGGCCACCCUUUCUGAGGCCCUGAAGGGGUACCUACAAGCUUUGCCCAGGCCCCUUGUGCCACCUGGAGCCCACGGGGAUAUGCUUCAUGCCUUGCAGGAGAUAGCCAGCCCAGCCGCAGCGACGGCAUCAGCGGGAUGGAGGAGGCAGCAGCUGCAGGCGGUGCUGGAGCCUCCCCUGGUUCCCCUGCACAACGCCCUGACUCUGCGCUUCCUGCUCCAGCACCUGGGGAGGGUGGCCCGGCAGGCCCAGGCCCAAGCCCAGGGCAGCGGCCUGGGCCCCCAGGCCCUCGGGGAGAUCUUUGGGCCUCUCCUACUUAGGCUGCCAGCCACUGGGCCUGAGCAGACCCCUGACUUCUCGGCCCUGUUCCUGGAAAUGCUGCUGCAGGAGCAGGAGGAGGAACAGGAGCCACUGCCCCCAGCCCUACCCCCAAAGCCUCCCAAACCCAAGGUCCAGGCUGGCAGCCUAUCUAACGGGAGCCACGCCCCUCUCCAGGAAGCCGAGUGGUAUUGGGGUGACAUUUCCAGGGAAGAGGUGAAUGAGAAACUUCGGGACACUCCAGAUGGUACCUUCCUCGUCCGGGACGCAUCUAGCAAGAUCCAGGGUGAAUACACGCUGACCCUCAGGAAGGGCGGGAAUAACAAACUGAUCAAGGUCUUCCACCGAGAUGGGCAGUACGGCUUCUCCGAGCCCCUGACCUUUGGCUCCGUGGUGGAGCUCAUCACCCACUACAGACAUGAGUCGCUGGCCCAGUACAACGCCAAGCUGGACACACGGCUGCUCUAUCCCGUGUCCAAGCAUCAGCAGGACCAGGUGGUGAAGGAGGAUAGCGUUGAGGCCGUUGGUGAACAGCUGAAGGUUUAUCAUCAGCAGUAUCAGGACAAGAGCCGAGAAUACGACCUGCUCUAUGAGGAAUAUACCCGUACUUCCCAGGAGCUGCAGAUGAAGCGGACAGCCAUCGAGGCCUUCAACGAGACCAUCAAAAUCUUCGAGGAGCAGGGCCAGACGCAGGAGAAGUGCAGCAAGGAUUACCUGGAACGCUUCCGGCGAGAAGGCAAUGAGAAGGAGAUUCAGCGGAUCCUGAUGAAUUCCGAGAAGCUCAAGUCCCGAAUAGCAGAGAUUCACGACAGCAAAAUGAAGCUGGAGCAGGACCUGCGGGCCCAGGCAGCCGACAACCGGGAGAUCGACAAACGCAUGAACAGCCUCAAGCCGGACCUCAUGCAGCUGCGGAAAAUCCGGGACCAGUACCUAGUGUGGCUGACCCAGAAGGGAGCCCGGCAGAAGAAGAUUAAUGAGUGGCUGGGAAUCAGGAACGAGACUGAAGACCAGUAUUCCAUGGUGGACGAGGAAGAGGACCUGCCCCAUCAGGAGGAGCGAACCUGGUACGUUGGAAAGAUCAACCGCGGGCGGGCAGAGGAGAUGCUGAGCGGCAAGCGGGACGGCACCUUCCUCAUCCGCGAGAGCAGUCAGCGGGGCUGCUACGCUUGUUCAGUGGUGGUGGACGGAGACACCAAACACUGCGUCAUCUAUAAGACGGUGACUGGCUAUGGUUUCGCCGAGCCCUACAACCUGUACGCCUCCCUCAAAGACUUGGUGCUACAUUACAAGCAUACGUCGCUGGUUCAGCAUAACGACUCCCUCAAUGUGACGCUGGCCCACCCCGUGCUGUCACCGCCGCCCGCCCGCUGAGAGGCCCGGCCUGCUGGGCAGGACAGUGGUGGGGAGGGGGGCUGCAUGCUGCUGCCUUCUCCAGAACCACGGUCUGCUGACGAGCCACGGCCCUUCACCUCUCACUGCCUGACCCUGCCCUCGUCCUGUACUUCCCACGGACGAGGGCCCCCAGACCAGUCCUGCGGCUCCCUGCAGGAGUUAGGGUCUGGUGGCUGGACCAAGGUGUGUCUGUGUGUGUGUGCGCGUACGUGUGCGCGCUCGUGUUUGCAUGCGUGCCUGAGUGUGCAUGCACAUGCCUUCCCCUUCAUUUCAGUAAGAAGGGGAAGUGGACUGGUUCUUUUUGGUCAUGGUCCAUUAGUCACCCAGAUUUGUUCCUGACCCACCUCUGGGAGGGAUGCAAGCAGGUGGCUGGUGGGGUGCCUUGAGGAGGAGAUGAGCCCCCACGCUCGCCCCCAGUCUGGUCUGAAGCACUUAGAAGUUGCCCACAUUCUCAAACCCCUUGGCCCUGUCCACUGUGACAGCAGGGGUUCCUGGGGGACCUUGGAGACUGCCAGAGACCUUAGAGAUCAUCUAGUUCCAUGUGCUUUACAGAUGGGGAAACUGAGGCCCCCAGCCCAGGUUGGAAGGGGACCUCAGAGGGCAUCUGGUUCCAUUUUGACCUCCCUGAACAGGAGUCCCCUCCCCUAGAUCCCCAGCAUUCUAGCCUCUGCUUGAACACCGUCAGCAAUGGGGUGCGCACGGCUUUCUGCUGCACAAAGCCCAUUCGUUCCACUGUAGAAGAGCUCCAGAUAGCGGUUUUUCUUGUCUGGGAGCCAUCCAGUGAGAAGAGUUCAGAGACUUGAACUAAGUCUGCCGACACUCAGCUCAGCACUCUUCCUGUUGGGACGGUCUGCUGACUCCUGGUGCUAGAGCCAAAGGGGUCAGAGGGCAAAUCCUGAGGUCCCCACAGCUGGAGGAGGGAGAACAUCCUGGUUUAUAACUCCCAACUCCCCUCCUCCUCACCCUCGUGAGUGGUGCUGUGGGCAGCCUACCAUGCUUGUUUUCCAACCUUGUGUCCCAGAGGCCGGGGGCAUGGCAGGGUCUCUAGCUGCUGCUCCUACCCUCUGCCCCCUACUCGCUGUAGGAUCUCGGACAGUUCCCCUAGCCUUUCUGGGUCUCAGUUUCCUCACCUGUCAAAUGGUGGUAUUUGAUCAAAGCCAUAGGGACUAGCGCCACUCCCCACCCCUCCCUCCCAGGGCCUUGCCUCUCAUCCAGAGAGCAAAGGCAUGAGUGGCCAGGGACUCCGUGGGGUAACCGCAAGGCAGAGACAGGAACAAGUUCCCUGUGUGAGUGGCUGAGGAAGGGCUCUUGGUCACGAGGCAGACCUUUGCUGCAGCUUCCAAGGUUUUCCCCCUGUGUAGGGGAGGGAAGCAGGAGGAACGUGCGUGUCAAAGACGGUAUCUGGGACGGUGUGGUCCUGGGGGAAGUGUCCCUCUCUGGGGUUUUAUGUUUCAGGGAGGGUGUUUCUUUGAAUAUAUGGGUACCUGGGAGGUGUGUCCUGCUGGGGUUGAGGGGAGGGCUCCCCCCAUGUCUGAGUGAACCUGCGGAAUUGAGUCUAUGGAGGGUAUUUCCCAGUGUGUGGUUCUCUGCACGAGAGAGAGAGAGAGAGAGAGUGUGUGUGUGUGUGUGUGUGUGUGUGUGUGUGGCCUCCAUCUGGGAGUGUGUAGUGAACAUGAUGUCAGUCACCUUCCCUCUGGGUCACAGACCUCCUGGUUGCUCUGUUCCCCUCUCUUAGGCCCACUUAUCUGUUAAGCCUACUCCAGGAGGUCAAGGUCAUUAUGCCCAAGCCACCGUCCACAGUCAUUCUUCUAGCCUGGUUGGGACUUUAAACUUGGGGGCAGAAGCAGGAUCCCAUCCUUAGCCCCUGGGCAGGAGGGCAAGGUCACAGGUGCCUGGAGCAGAGACCAGAGCAGUGGCUCGUCCUAGGAGUCUGGGUCUUGCAGUCUCCCCUACACUGCCUUUGGGGGCCAAGAGCCAUCCCCCUCUUCUCCUCCCUCUAAGCCACUUAAAGCCUUCCUGCCCCACAAGGCAACCUCAGACCCAUAAAUAAGCCAUAGAACCAGGGAGGGGGGGUGGUCAGAGGCUCUGGGCCCCACCCCCCUUCUUCCCUCGAAUCCCACAGACCGUGACUCCCAGGGCAGCCACGUGGAAAUGUGCUGCCUCCUAUAUACUCUGGGGUUAAAAAUUACAACGGGCCUCAGCGUAAGGUUUGGUGUAUCAUAGACGCCCCGUAUGGGCUCCAUCCCUAUAUUGGGAGGCCUGUGGUCUGGCUUCUGGACCAGCCACUUCGGGGAGUAGGGGUUUUUGUUUAAACUCUUGCAACACCACAGGAUGGUACUAUAAGAGUUCCCUCCGAGCCAGGGGGCCCCUGAGCCAGCUGCCCUUGGGCAGGUCAUUGUAAAAUCCCUUCCAUCUCUUCCUUGGGAGUGUGACUUGGGGCUGGCACCGGGGUGGGGCACACGGCUUAACUUCCCUUCUCAAGAAGGCAGAUUUACUGAGAACUGAAACCUUUGUGUGAAGCUAGAUCUGCAGUUUGAGCUGUGACCAGGGAACAUGGAGUUCCCCCAGGAAGCCAACCAUAGCUUCAUUUCCCCCUUUGAGCCCCAUGAAGACCUCCCCACACCCCCCAGUAUCCUCUUUUCUAAUAUAAGCUAGCUAGGUUUGGCUGUUUACAACUUUCUGACUGGUCCUAUGGGCUGAUGCAGCUUCCUCCUCCCUCCUUAGUCCCCUUGGGGUCAGGGUGCCUGCCUAGCCUAGCCCCCUGAGGUAACAUGACCUUUGGACUCCCCUUCCCAGGGGACUCUGGGUGGAUGAGUGUGGAGAGACCCCCUGGGGAAAAAAAAUUAUAACUGGGUUGGGGCACAGAGAGCCUCUGGUUGGACCAUUCUUGGGAUUUUUUUUUUUUAAUUUUUUUUGCUUUUCUUAUUUGUGGUUGAUUUUGUUUUUAAAGGAAAAACUUUUUUUUUUUACUUUCUUUUAAAGAUGGAAGGAGGGCUGUGUUGGGGAAGGUUAGAUAUGCAAUAAAUGCUUAGCUGGCCUCCUGUU